AUGACUUCAACCGUCCAUAAAUCUCUUAAAUUGGACGUUGACGAAUUCUUGGCCCAACAGCAGUUCCGAGCCAAACUCCGAAGCUGGCUAUCGUGCGACGCGCAGCCCUGGGGAACUUUAUACUCUCGCCAGGACAAUAAUAAUUAUAGUUUCGACACGGAUGAGCUGGACACACUUUUGCAGCUUGGUGGGUACGUGCAAACAUCGGGUACUACCGCAGUAAUAUCACCACUUUCCAGUGCAUCCAAGUCUCCAGACAAUUACGAUAUCGAUAACGAACAAGCACCUGUCGCUCCCGUUUCGCGUGGACGACAAAGACUGCUUAAAAUACGCCACAAAGUCAAGACGUGUUUCCAUCGUUCUGGUGACAAACCUGAAUCUCAAUGGCGAGUUUAUGCGAGCAGAGGCCCACAGGAAAAGGCGGAAGACUGUCCAUUUACCUCAAAUGGUAAACUCAUGGAACUGGGAUCUCCUUUCCACGGAGGUACCCAUUGUUGCGCUUCCUGGCCCGUGAACUUUCAUAAGGAAGAUUGCGAUCCAAAAGACACCAAAGCCAGCGACGGUGGCAGCACGGCCUAUCGUGCAAAGGGCCUUCCUUCACGAAGCACUAAUGUGUUUGCGCUACUCACGCAUUUUGCUGUUAAUCCUACAGAAACUAUAAAAAUGCCAUCUCGACGUUGCCAUUAUGCGACGACGUCCGCUGCCUCUAAUGUCAGUUUUCGCCAAGUUCGAUACUAUGAACCGCAAACAGUAUGGCAAUCAAAUACGCUGGAGGUCUCUUAA